UUGUUAUGUUAAUCGCAACCGGCGACGGGCAGAAGUUAUCUCUCAUUUUAAAACCAGCUAACUUACCCCGCCCUGCCACGCCUUUAAUCCGUUCAUUAUUCAACAAAACAUGGCGACCGGGUUGACAACAAUCACGGACUUGGCGGAGCUGCGGGAACUGCAGGAGCUUCACCUGGCAGACUGGCCCAAGCACUGUGUGGCCUACUUCUGGCUGGACAACUAUUUGCGUUGGCUGGAAACAGAUCCUUUGACCAAGUACUUAACAUUCUACACGCUCGAUGGAGAUUGGCGUCGCGAUGGACUCUUUAUCCUGGUGCAUCGUUAUCAAUUGUUCUUCAGCAAUCUGAGCCGGCAAAAGACACCGGAACUGCUGUCAGUUCUGACCCUGUUGGACUGGACUAAUGGCUUCAAAGUGAGCGCCAUACACGAGACGCACCAUCGCGCCUACAAGCAGCUGCUGGCGGAGCGUCGACUGGUCAUGGAUCGUGAGAUGAAGACCGUUAUGUAUCAUCUGCCCUGCGAGCAGGCCAAGGCGCUGCAACGGAGCUGCCCGCCGGGCUAUUAUCUGGACGAUGUGCGGCUGGAGCAUGCAGGGCUCAUAAACGACCUGUGGUCAGCGCAUCAUCCAGGCUCGUUGAAGCUCGUAGAGAUGCUGAUCGAAAAGAAUGGCAAUGUGGGACUGUAUGAAGAGGCGACAGGCGAGCUGUGCGCCUGGUGCCUGAGACUGCAGAGCGGCUUCCUGGGCGCACUCGAGGUGCUCCAGACGCAUCAGCGCCGCGGACUGGGCCUAGUAGUAGCCGCCGCCAUAGCCAAGCGUAUAGCCAACGACCUGGAGCACGACGUGACAGCUCUGGUUAAUCUGAACAAUGAAACCGCCCGCAAAGUUUUUGAUAAAUUGUUAUUCACGCUGCUCGAAGGCGAGCACUACUACUGGAGCAUGUGUCUGCCCGAGUCUGGGGGAUUAUUAAAUUGGCCAGCCAAUACGUAGCAGACAGCAUUCAAGCUAUGUGAUAUCUAUCGCCAUAUAGCGUUAAGCUUAGGCAGAUAAAGUACUAUCUUACCCAGCCAAGCGCCAUAUAUAAAACCGAACAUUCAAAAUA